AUGCCAGUUGAUCUCACAUGCUACCCUCCUCUGGGCAAGGUAACCUGUCUUGAGGCUGAUAAGAUCAGAUUCACCAUCCUGAUAGAACCAGCAUCCCAAGGACAAUAUGAAUUCCAAAUUUGGCAUAAUAUAGGCCUCUCUGAGUGGGCAGCGCUGCCGCUCUCGGAGUAUCCAUCGGCCGCUCUCCCGGCUUUAAGCAGUCGACAGGACCCAGGCAAUCGCGGUGUUUUUGCAGGCGAGAUAUCUUGUCCGCAGGCAAGAUACGCGGGCAGGUUCACCGUUCGGUACCGUGAGGGUUCCGAAGGGGAAUGGCGAUGGGCAAACAAGGAACGAGGCUGUCAUGACGGCGAACUGGUCAUCGUCUCACGCGGUCUCUCAUCGGAACUCGCAUUGUCUUCCGCGCAAGAUUUCGCGAAUUAUUUUGACGGCCUGUCCCCAGAUAUUCAGGUUGAAGUCAGGAAGAGCGAGGCACCUGGGGCCGCGUUGUGGAACAUUUCCGGUCCAGUCGAGGAAGCUAGGGAUGGUCACUCGGGACUCCUUCGUCUGCCGCUCGGCACACCUUCCUCCAUGUCAAGAUUCUUUGCCCUUGCCCGCGUGGAAACCUCGUGGCUGGGCCCGAGACAGGGGAAAGACAAACUUAAUUUCACAGAGGAUGCUAUCCUACUCUCCUUCCUCCGCACGGACGGGGUACAUGUCGUGCUUUUGGGCGUCACUGUAGACGACACUCUUACAGUUCUUGGGUCCGGCCCAGCAGGCGAGGUGGUCAUCAAGUCGCAGAAUGAUAAUGCUACGCCGUCUCGAUUCCAGGUCCUGGCUGCUACUGCUGCCGAUUUCGAGGUUGCCACGAGUGCUUUGAUUUAUGAAGCAAGGAGGCUUGUCCGUCCGUAUGAAAAUACAGCCCAGGGUGGCCCUCGAACACAAUGGCUCUCGGAAUGGUACGACGGCCUGGCGUACUGCACCUGGAAUGGACUUGGACAGGACCUGUCUGAAGAAAAGAUCCUUUCAGCCCUGGAUGACCUAAAAACCGCCGGUAUCAGAAUUAGAACACUUAUUAUUGAUGACAACUGGCAAUCACUCGACAAUGAAGGGGCAGGUUCAUGGCACCGUGCUUUGACCCAGUUUGAAGCAAACUCCAAAGCAUUCCCAAAUGGUCUUGCGAAGGCAGUCACCACCAUACGGGAGCAACAUAGAAAUAUUGAGUAUAUCGUGGUGUGGCAUGCGCUUUUCGGUUACUGGGGCGGCAUUUCACCAGAAGGAUCCCUGGCAGCAAUCUACAAAACAAGAGAAGUGGCACUCAAUAGCACGACAAGGCCGUCCAUGCUAACAAUCGAUCCUUCCGAUAUCCAACGUUUUUACAAUGACUUCUACGCUUUCCUCUCCAGAUCCGGAAUAUCAGGCGUCAAAACGGACGCGCAGUCAUUCCUCGAUCUGCUCGCCGACCCCGAGGACAGAAGAUCCUACGCAAACGCCUACCAAGACGCCUGGACGAUUUCAUCGCUGCGCCACUUCGGUCCAAAAGCCAUAUCCUGCAUGUCCCAGAUCCCCCAAACAAUUUUCCAUUCGCAGCUUCCCACGAACAAGCCAACAAUCGUGGUUCGAAACUCAAACGACUUCUUUCCUGAUAUCGACGACUCCCACACGUGGCAUGUGUUUUGUAACGCCCACAACGCCCUCCUAACGCGCUAUUUGAACGGUCUUCCGGACUGGGAUAUGUUCCAGACGCUUCCCGAAAAUGGGCUGGACUAUGCAUCCUUCCACGCUGCAGCACGCUGUAUCUCCGGCGGGCCAAUCUACAUCACCGACAAGCCAGGCCAGCAUGAUAUACCACUCAUCAAACAAAUGACCGCGUCCACGAUCCAGGGCACAACAAUCACGCUACGCCCAGACAUAGCGGCGCGUACGCUAGACAUGUACCACGAUAUCAAGGAAGGCCAUAUUCUCUGCGUGGGGACAUACCACGGCCGCGCGGGAUCUGGGAGCGGUAUUAUAGGAGUGUUUAACGUCAGUAACAGAGUCGAGUCGGUGAUUAUCCCGGUUGCUGAUUUUCCGGGGAUAUACGAUGAUCAGGAAGAGACGGGGUAUAUUGUUCGUGCGCACAGAACAGGGAGAAUUGUGGGGGAGCUCCAUUCGUCAUCGGCGGUAUCGGUUACAUUGAAUGAAAGGAGAUGGGAGGUGCUAACAGCGUACCCCGUCAAAACGCUCACAUUCAAAAUGAACUCAAAAGAUAAGGAGAACGAGAGUAGCAUGCCUACGGCAGAUGUUUCUGUCGAUGUCGCGAUCCUCGGCCUUCUCCGCAAGAUGACCGGCGUUGCAGCUCUUGUCAGCUCAGACAUAUAUAUUGAGGACACUGGGCGUUUGCGUGUCGAUGUUGGGAUCAAAGCCCUAGGUGUAUUGGGGAUAUACUUCUCGUGCCUCCAAGAUUGGGAUAUAGACAAGCAUUUCAUGGUACUUGUUUCGGGGAAGCCGGUACCGAGGAAGACAAUUUGGAAGGAGGAUGGAAGGGUCCUCGCCAUUGAUGUCGAGGAGGCGUGGCAUGGGCUGGGACUUGAGGCAGGUUGGGGGAAUGAGGUAUGGAUUUCAGUUCUGAUGUGA